AUGGCUGGACCUUGUUGCAAGAGUACGGUGUACUUUUUAGUGUUGAAGCGUAGUCUCUCGGUCCCUCCCCGAAGCUCCGUAACUGCUGCGCGACCUACGCUCUCCGCUGGCAGGCUGGGCGAGCGAGGUGUCCAGGAAGGGUGUUGGGCCGCCCGUCCGAAUGCCCUCAGAACGGCUGGUUCUUACCGACACCCCGUAUUUCUGUGUUUCUCCUGCCAGGAAUCUAUGAGCGAGAGCCUGCGAACAUGUUAUAUUUAUUUGAAUCAGACAAGCCGGAGUUUCGCAGCCGUAAUUCAAGCGUUGGACGGAGAGUUACGUCAUGCAGUGUGUAUUUUCUACCUGGUCCUACGGGCUCUGGACACAGUGGAAGAUGACAUGAGUAUCCCACUCGAGAAGAAGGUGCCCCUGCUGCACAACUUCCACAACUUCCUGUAUGAUCCGGAGUGGAACUUCACAGAGAGCCAGGAAAAGGACCGACAAGUGCUGGAGGACUUCCCCACGAUUUCGGUUGAGUUCCGCAAUCUGGGCCAGGAGUAUCGGGAGGUGAUAUCUGAUAUCUGCCACUGCAUGGGAGUAGGAAUGGCUGAGUUCCUGGAAAAGAAAGUAGGCUCAAUGAAGGAGUGGGACAAGUACUGUCACUAUGUGGCUGGGCUGGUGGGCAUUGGGCUGUCCCGGCUCUUUUCGGCCUCCCAGCUGGAGGAUCCUGAAGUUGGGCAGGACACUGAGUUGGCCAACUCCAUGGGCCUCUUUCUGCAAAAGACCAACAUUAUUCGAGACUACCUGGAAGACCAGCAGGAUGGACGGGCCUUCUGGCCAAAGGAGGCUUGGAGCCAGUUUGCCAAUCACCUGGAAGACUUUGCCAAGCCACGGCAUCUGGACUCCGCUCUCGCCUGCCUGAACCUGCUGGUGACUGAUGCCCUCCGACACGUUCCAGAUGUCAUCAGCUACCUGACACGCCUCCGUAACCAGAGCGUCUUUAACUUUUGUGCCAUCCCUCAGGUCAUGGCCAUAGCCACACUGUCCGCAUGUUACAACAACCCACAGGUUUUCCAAGGAGUGGUGAAGAUUCGGAAGGGCCAGGCUGUAACGCUCAUGAUGCAGGCAACCAACAUGGGUGCUGUACGGUCCAUCAUCUCUCAGUACAGCCAGGAGAUUCUACAGAAGGUGUCCCUCACUGACCCAUCUCGGGACAAGACACUGCUGAUCCUGCAGUUGAUCCGUGAAAAGACUCUAUCCCAGGACAUGCUCCCGUCCCGUGCACACCACCUGUCCCCCGUCUACCUGUCAGCCGCCAUGCUGCUAGCUGCCCUGAGCUGGCAGUAUCUGAGUGCCACAGCCGGGCAAGCCGCAGGGGGUGCGGACAUGCAGGGCCACUAGAGGGAGCCAGGAAACCCCCAGACUGAGAUGGUCCUCUGGAGACUGCCCCUGAGAAGCUCUCUGCUUUAUCAGUCUAAAAGCUGUUUUAUGCUUUUUUGCAUGAAGUGUGAAUGGAAACAGAAGUGGGCAUUGGUCACAUUCAAAGGUAGUGAGCUUUAUGCACAAAUUUUUAAACAGAAUCUGCAACAGAGUGUAUUAUUGUAUGACUAAUUGAUGAGUAAUUACCUAAUUUCCAUCUCUGAAUAAUUGGUAUAUUCUGUGUCAUUCAGUGUCAUUCUCACUAAUGCAUUGGACAUGUUUGAUACCUGGUGUAUACAGCUAAGUUCUUCUGGAAUGUAAUGCUUAAAAGUGCUAUCUGCAUACCUGAGAAACGUCUUUUCAGGUGCUAAAAAUUGAGCAUGAAAACAUUUUUUCACUAGAUUCUGGAAUGUGAUGACGUAGUCUUCUAGUAAGCACAAUGGGCAUAAAUGCUCUGAAUCUCAUGGAUGGCUUGCCAGCCAUUCUCAGAAGUUCAUGCACCACCUGGGGAAAAAAGCAUAGAACAGCUUUAAUAUAUCCACUUAAGUCAAUAUCAGCCUGAUAAAUAGGUUCUAAUUGAGGGACUUGUGGUGAAUAGCAGUUUGCAAUAGUCUCCUUUGCUUUCUGUAAUACUGUUCCUUCUUCACUUCAUACAAGUUAGCCCCUUGUCAACCUGGACAUUCUUCUGUGUUUGGCCUCUGCGUUUUGUGAACAGCCACAGUUCUGAUCUGUUUAUAGCUCCUGCACUCGAGGUCAGUUCCUAGGAGAAUGACAGAAAGGAUGUGCAGUGUCACCCCUUUAAAUUUGACAUUAUUAUUGAUUGUCAUUUAAGUUUUGUUUUAAUGAAAGUAGGUUGGAGGCUAAUUGUGGCAACAUUUUUCAAAGUAAGAAGAUAUAAUCUAGUGCUUAAGCAGAGUGAAGUUUGAAUGCACCAUUGGUUUUCAAAGACACUGGGGAUGUUGUACAAAGACUGUUUAGUUCAACUUUAAGAUGUACAGUGUGUAAACAAUGUUUUCUGGGAACUUCUGUUACCAUCACUGUUGCGUCAUACAGUGAAAGGCACCAGACCUGGGAAUAUAAGAAGGCAAAGCCUAGGAGAAGCAUUUGGUUGUUUGCACCAAACAUUUAUAAAUCAGCCUUUGAAAGUGCUAUUGUACAGUACUUGAUGCAUAGAAUGUCCAGAUUAACAUGUUCCCAGGGGUUAUUUUUUGAAAUACAUACCAAAUCCUUUCAAAUUAAAAAAAGAAAAUGGACAGAGAAAUAUGUGUUUGAGACCAGCAAUUACAGGUAUAAGGUAAAUUGCUAAACAUGUUCCUGCCCUAGGUGUCCUUACAAUGUUGAGUUCCAAAGAUAAGAGUUGAAGGACAGCUUCCAGUACAUUGAAAUAUAUCCUUGUACCUUUCUUUUUCUGUAGCAGGUGUUUAUCAAGAAGCUCUUUGGGUGUUUCAGGUGCAUAAAUGGGUGUUUAAAUAGCAAUUAGAAGCUAUUUUAAAUCUUUUUUGGAUUUGGAACAUCUUCAGAUGAUCAGAAUGCAUUGCUCCACCUUUCACUGUGGAUUGAAGCAAAUAACAUCGGCAGAUUCUUUAAUGAUGUUCUUUUAUUUAAAUUCUCUAAAAUGCUCUGACACUCUACCAAGGUGUAUGCACAGUCUGCAUUGUAUGCAGAUUUGUGCAUUUUAAUGUGCAUCCAUUUUGGCAGGACAGUUGUCUUACAGCACCAGCAUUUUGAUUUAUAAAGACUCAAAUGUUUCAGAGCAGCUAUGCAUACAUGCUGUAAAGGCUGUUGGGGUUGUCAGAAAAGGAGAAUCACUUGCAGCAGUCAUUUAUAUAUCAACUUGCACACUCAUCAGUGUAUAGUGAUGGGUGGGGUCAUGUGCUGAUGCCAGAGCUGCAAAAUCUGGAAGGAAAAGAACAGGGAGAAGCAGUUACUUGCUUUCCAGUAUGCAUACCUAAAAAACUGUAAGAUUAGGGACAUAUCAAUUUUUAGAUAUGCCUACAAAUACAAACACUUUAAUCUUGAACCAGGUAGAAGAACUGCAGCCCACAUGGCUGAUAAGUGUCUAUCACAAUGCUUUGUUGUGCAAGCAGAAUUGUCCUUUGUACAAAAUCAGGGUGACAAAUUAACAUUUGUAAUAUGAGAUCUUAAUUUGUACAUAACUCAAUAAACAAAUACAAGAAAUAUGCUGAAACUUC